GCGGCUCCUGCGUCCUGAUCGAGAACGAAUUUUAUUCCUGGGCUUCGAUCGUGAAUUCGUGAUCACGUGAGCCUGCUGGACUUGUAUUUAAUCGUGGCCAUGCGAUAGGAACCGAUGAGAGGAUCCGUGUGUUCUAGCACGACCUGUCAACACAACUCAAACCACACCAUCUAUCGAUCCCCAUCUCCGCCGAUCGAUCAGCUAUUAUCCCGGCGCCUCCCACAGAGGUAAAGACCUGCCGAGGAUAAAAUCGCCACCAACGAUCAAACCUAAAGCGGGAAGGAGUGGCAGCGCGUGCGCUUGGAUUUGGGAGCCAUGUCGCAGUACGCCUACUUGUUCAAGUACAUCGUCGUCGGCGACAUAGGCGUUGGCAAGUCAUGCCUCCUGUUGCAGUUCACGGACAAGCGGUUCAAGCCCGAUCACGACUUGACUAUCGGCGUCGAGCACGGGAGUCGGAUGGUCACCAUUGACAACAAGAAAAUAAAGAUCUCCAUCUGGGAUACUGCAGGUCAGGAGGCUUUCAGGUCCAUCACUCGGUCCUACUACAGAAGUGCUGUCGCUGCCCUUGUCGUUUACGACAUUACUAGGAGGAAAAAGAAGGAUGGAGCUGAUAUUGUUUCUUGGAGGGAGUAUGAAGCUAUUCGUAAUGAGAUGGGACGUGAAUUCCACGAACAGGGCGAAGGACUUAAUGAUGACAUUCAGAAGGUCACCAAGAAGCUUGACACUACUAAUGAGACCGUCAAUACCAAGAACAAAUGA